UUCUACUGCAAUUUUGACCGCAACCAGUGUGAAUUUGUUCAGCGACGAGAUGACAAGUUUGACUGGGUCAGAAUAAGAGGCAUGACACCGUCAGGCGGAACAGGACCUGAAUCUGAUGUUAGCGGAAGAGGUAAAUUUAGUAAAGACGAUAUAAUGCAAGGGAAAUAAUCGCAUGCCCAUGGAGGAUAAGCUUGAAAUAAUGCUGCUACCUCGUUCGGAAGGAAGAUAGCAAGGCAAAGUGGUCGUUAUUUUACCUACUUUCACUUAUGUUUUAAUAAAACAAAGGUUAUCUUAAUUCAUAACUUACUUUUUUCUAGGUUAUUACAUGUACGUAGAGGCAUCCCGACGAAGGAAAGGUGACAACGCUAAGCUAGAACUGAGAUCUGGUUUACCUACUGGCAAAACAUGUCUGUCAUUCUUCUACAACAUGCAUGGAGGACACAACUAUGUGGGUACACUUCGUGUUCUCAUAAAUGGAGAAACUGUUUUCCAGAAAAGCGGAAAUCAGGGAAACACAUGGCACAAAGCUGAACUUACUUAUCGCGAGGGCAUAUCGUCGGUAAGAGUACAAAAGGAAGCUAAAGCGUAUGUGUAUGUUGCAUGAGCAGUGGCUCACGACAUUUGAACAUCAGCUCUGGUGUGGCAAAAAACCACACUUCGUCUUGAUCAAUAAAACAUGCAGGAAAAAACAAUAAUUUGACCAAUAUCAAACCAAAUGACCGAACAAGCUUGAUCAAUGACACAAAUAUACAUGAAACGUCUGUCUUCUUCAGAGCUAGUAAUACGAGGAACGGGUCGGACAACUUACUUUUGAGAAUGUAAAAUAAUAAUUUAAAAGUUAUAACUUCAAAAUUUCAAAAUGACACAAUGAAGUGACCGAGGGAUGGCGUUUCCCAAGGGUUAUAAACAGCCUUUUUAAUCAUACGUUUGGAAGAUGGUGCUAGAAUAAUGGCGUAUUUCAAAAGACUCACUUGAGUAAAAGUAGCGACAUCGCAGAGUUAAGCUAAGUAUUUGAAAUGUGCCAAGUGUUAACCUUAACAAGUAGAAAAGUGAUGGGUGGUAUCACCUUCUUAACAUGCAAGCAUGUAAGGAUGCGGGUUGCUCUUCUCCUGGUAUGUAAACGAAAGUUAUGCUGGGGGUAGCGCUUAAGAAGACUGGCAUCACUCUCAGAGAGAGAAGGUGAAGGAGAAAGUAUCUCUGUUGGUGAUAUAUCUGUUGGUUAUAUCUUCAACUGUGUUCAAAACUAAUAGCUGUGAUACUAUAGAGGUAGCGUUAACUACGAAUCCACUUAUAGCAUUGGUGUUUUGGCUUAAUAUUUAUCCGCUUCUCUUUCAUCUGACAGGUUGUGUUUGAGGGUGUUGUUGGUAGGGGCUACCUUUCAGACAUUGCUAUCGAUGAGAUCAAGACAGAAACCUGUGGGGGAGAGGGAGGAGGUGACGGAAGUAAGUACCCUCAAUCCCGCUUUCUUUCAUGUCUAGAAAUUACAAAAACAGCCAAACAUUAUGAAUGUAUAACAAAUUUCAUACGUCGCUUUCAUCAACAGCUGUUCCACCACCUUCACAACCAAGCACUACAACAAAAGCGCCAGAGACACCGCUUCCUCCUUUCGGUAAGUUACCAAGAAAUUUGCACCCAAAAUUCUGCACGCUACUCCAUCAGCGGAGGUCGCUAGGACAUUAAGCACCAGCUCAUCUCUUAGAUAAGACUCUGCCCAAAAUCAGAUGCAAAUGUUAUUUUGUUAGGUAAUUGUGGCAUUCGUCCCUCUACAAGAAUUGUUGGUGGUGUGGACUCAUCUCCUGGAGACUGGCCAUGGCAGGCCAUGUUGACGUCAUCUCCAAAUGGUUACGUGUUCUGUGGUGGAUCAUUGGUUGCUCCUCAGUGGCUAGUUACAGCUAGUCAUUGUGUUAAAGGAACUUCGGCAGGCUCCAUUUACGUUCGGUAUAAGUCAUUCAUUUUAUCUAUUUCUAGCUUAAAUAUUGAGCACCCUUUACCUUCAAUCUGGUACUCUGUUAUGUAUAUGUACAUCACCUAAUGCCUACAUCAAUAUAUAUUAUGGAUAUAAGCGGGUUAAAAUGAAGUUUAUUCGGUCCGUACUUAGCCAUAUCUAGAGACUGUAAUCUCACCAAGCAAGAAAUUCUGACAAAGGAAAAGCCCAAUAACAAUCCUCACGAGACAAGAUUUUCAUUCAAUUUUUUCAUUCGUGACGACCGCUCUUGUUGGUAAACCAUUUCUAAAUGUCCUAGUUUAUUUUACUUUCUGUAACAGCUUUAUUGCAGUUUUUGCUCAUGGGAGCUCGGUCUUGACGCGUGGAUAAAUCCACCUCGUCAGUUGGUAUGCCAUGGUCCAGGUAGUAUCCGGUGACUUAAACUUUAAAUUGCACUAUAAUUAGGGGUUUAUAGUCAGGGCACUUUGCACUUCUAUUAUGUUAAUAUUCUUUUUCCUUUCUGAAAGACUUGGCGCCCAUAAAAGAACAGACACUGUGGGUACAGAACAAGACUUCAGAGUAACUAAAGUGAUCAUGCACCCCUUUUAUCACAAACCCAUUGGUAUGAGCCAUGACAUUGCCCUUCUCAAACUGGACCGACCGGCAGCGCUGAACAAGUAAGCUCAGUAGAAACGUAAUGCAAUCGUAGAAUAUGUUAAAUUUUCGGAAUAACAACUUGUCUAUCUAUGGCGUAAGGACUGUCAAACAGAUUUUUUUAAGAAAGUGCGAAUUGCUAAUGACUGGUUUUUGUCACUGGAUUUUACAUAAACGGGAAGUGUGGCAGGUUAGGGUGGAAAAUAGAAAACGAAACAAAAAGACAACAGAUCCAGGUGGGGACAAUUGAAACCAAGACAGCCCAAUCAAAUAUCUAUUCCACCCACCCCGAGAUUCAUUUCAGCACAUAGGUCAAUUGUUCCUAGAAAGUGGACCAUGUGGCCUAAAGUAAGGUAGCCUAAUCAGGCUCUUGAAAACAGCCACCAGUUGGCACCUAAAAAAAAUCUUAGUAAGGGUUUACACGUGUUUAAUGAUAAAUGACAAACUCGCAGACUUGCUUUUCAUGUAUUUCAACAAUAGGUUCGUCAACUUGGUAUGCCUUCCAGGAUCCGUUCCAGCUCCUGUAGAAGGCAAGAAAUGUUGGAUCACCGGCUGGGGAAGGAACAGACCCAUUGGAGGCUCCAGUCCAGUUACCUUACAACAGGCGUCGGUGCCUAUUGUUGGCAGAAACCGCUGUGAAUGGGCUUAUCUUGGACGGGUUCAUGACUCCAUGAUCUGCGCUGGUCUGGAUCGGGGCGGUAUUGAUUCCUGUCAGGGAGAUAGUGGGGGCCCGAUGGUGUGUCAGGAAGGCAGGAGAUUUUACCUUCAAGGAGUGACAAGCUGGGGUCAGGGAUGCGCUAGACCAAAUAAGUAUGGCGUAUAUGCAAGAGUGAAGUAUGUUAUGGGUUGGCUCAAAAAAGAGAUGACCAGUAAUUAG